AUGGAAUUUUGUGAUGGAGGGACGCUAAGUGAAUUGAUCACAGACUCAACAGUUGUUUACUCGAUGAAAACGGUCGUAUUUUGGGCUAUCCAACUGUUCAAGGCUAUUCGCUAUUUGUUCUAUCAUCGAAUAUUGCAUGGUGAUAUCAAACCUAAUAACAUUUUUGUGAAGAAGAUUCAAAGAAGAUCUGAGUCAAUUCCAUAUACGAUGAAGCUGGGCGAUUUCGGGCAAAGCCGGCGUAGGGAAGGCGCCCCUUCAACUAUCUCUAAUCUUACCGCGUAUGGUCCUCCGCUCUUAAACGAUGAAGAUGAUCAGGGCUCACACAAACACGAUGUUUAUGGCAUAGGACUGAUUGUAUGGGAACUGAUCGAAAGAAGUGAUUUCUGGGAUCGGGAUACCUUUAUGCAAUGGGUCACCGAUCGCAAGUUUAUCCUUGAGCCUCCAAGUUGCCAUAAACACUUCAAAGAGAUUCAGCAAUUGAUUAACCGAUGUGCUAGUUUCACGUUAUCAAGACGACCAACGGCGGUAGACUGUGUAACUAUUUUGCUGACCAAUUUUUUUGAAAUGGAUCAUAGUCGAUGCGAGCAAAGGUAUAUUGGAUCGGGAUCUUUUGGCGAAGUUUACGAGCUGAUUGGACACAAACCGCCAGCUGUAAUAAAAGGGCCUCUGAAGAAGACUAUUUUCAAUCCGAAUGUUAUUUAUUCCAUGAAAACGGUUGUUUAUUGGACUAAGCAGCUGUUUGAUGCACUUACCUAUAUACAAGAUUCUGGCCCCUGUGGUGUCAACUCCCAAUAUUCGAGCCCUCCCGUAGCUCUCGGUGAUCGAACUAUUGGAGAACAAGUGAAAGUUAAUAGCACACCAUCUCAUCUCAAUGACGUUUAUUCUUUGGGACUAGUUUUAUGGGAAAUCAUUGAAAGAAGGAUUGUUUUCGAGGAAUACGUGCGAAAUGGCAGUUUUCGGCGGGACCGAUUUGUGGCUGACGUUACACGUAACAAACUUACCAAACUUGAACCACCAAGCUGUCAAAAAGAUCUACAAGAAAUAGUAAAAAGGUGCACAAAUUUCGACAGAAAUGAAAGACCGACUUCUCGAACAAUUUUGGAUGAGCUCAUGCAUAAUGAAAAACUUGAUCGAUUGGUCGAUUUUUCACCAAAAGUCGAUGAAAGCAAUCAAAAGAUUCUGAAGCCAAUAGACCAUGGUGCAACAUUUGAUCGAGAAUUUCAAAAGGAAUAUGGUCAAGAAGUUUCACAAACGUCGAAGUAUUUGGCAGACGAUGAAAUGGUCAAAAAGGCAGCCAAAGACGAGAAUCUUCUUGAUCGUGGUGCACCUGCAACAGUCUCUCAAAUUCCGAACACAGAUCCAUUCGUGAUUCGAUUCGUGAAAGCCAGGAUUCUUUUUGUGCAACCGAUCUCAAAAGAUGGAAAACCGGAUUUCGAGGAAGUGAUGGCUGACAUUGAAUUGCCCGAAGAGUAUAAACCGGAUACAAAGGAUCGUUUCUAUCGUCCACCGAAACUCAGUGAAGACAAACAUGUUUAUCAUGUGAUCGCCAGUGGAAAUUUUGCCGAUGUUAUUGCCGCUGUGAAUCGAGAUGGAAAACCUGUAGCUGCAAAGAGAUACAAGAUUGAACAAUUGAAGCAAACAAUUGAUGGUGAUACUCGCCUCAGAAGAGAAAUUCUAAUUUCUCGUUCCAAUCGACAUGAGAAUAUAAGAGCUUUCAGGCAUACAAAGUAUAAAAUU